AAAUAACCUUAUUGCGCAUGUGUAAAUGCGUAUUUUUACAAAGUGUUGCGCAGUUCGCACUUCACAUGAAAACUACGUACACGAAACUCUGUUAUCACAGUUUGAUCUCGGGUAAAUGUAAUUGUAAGUCCAUGUAAAGGGGAACUCAGUCCUCAUAUUUCAUAAAUAGUAGACUUUAAUGUACCUAAACCCACCCAAAGAUAAAUAAAUAAAUAAAUAAAUAAAUAAAUAAAUAAAUAAAUAAAUAAAUAAAUAAAUAAAUAAAUAAAUAUAUAGCUGUAAGUAAAAAAAUUACUAUUGAAGCAGUUCAAGACAUGUCCAAAUGCGGUUAUUCAUAAGUUUGCAUACUUAUUGUUUUGCGAUACAGACUAAAAUUGUUUCUUGCUAAAAUUCGUAAAGGAAAAAAAUGACGUCAAAGAAGGAAGUCUCAUCCCGUCUUGUCCAGAGGCAUAAUGAUCAAAAUGCGACGAUUUUAUAAGUGACUAUUGUUUAAAUACCACAAUGAGAAAAGAUUAAAAGUCUUACUGACGCACGCUCUAUUAAUUACUAUAAUUACUUAAACAAUUUCAAUAAUUCCUCAUGCUCACCACUUAUAAAUCCUCUCCUUGUAAGUUAAAAGAAUCUUAAUGACGUCAAUAUAUAUAAUUGCUCAAUAACAUGUUAGCAUAUUGUGUAAAGUCCAAAUUUGUGAGUAAGUACGCUGUAAGUUAUUAAUCCAAUCAUUAUCAUCAGCCUUAAAUUAAAUAAUAUUUUAUGCAUGAUUCAUUUAAUAUCACAACAUCUUGGUUAUUAAAUAUUGCAAAUCAUUAAGUGCUGUUCUCUACUUGGUCGUGAAGUCUAUUGCAUACUGCUUGUAUUACAGCAACCAGAGUGGCUUUUGCAAGCAAAAGGUUCUUUCACAAUUUCAUAGCUGUACUAAGUUGAUUUAUCGCCCAUGUUAGCCAAAAGUGAAGACGAUUUUCCCUUUGCGAGGGGUGAAGUUAUUUUAGCUAAGUGCAACAAAGAAGUUUACUACGCCAAAAUACUUUCGUUGAAUCAUGUAAAGAAGACAGCAUUGCUACUAUUUGAUGACGACUCGAAAGAAGAAGUAGGAUUUAACAAUAUAUACAGUGUGAACGAAACAACAGCAGACAUUAUUUGUGUCAUUUGCAAAGAGGACCGGACUGAUUUGGACGACGAUAUAGUACUUUGUGACAUUUGUUCAGUCGGUUAUCACCAGCGUUGUCACAGACCAAUUAUUGCAUCAGAAGUUUUAGCUCCUGAAGUGCCUUGGCAGUGCAGAUAUUGCAAAAAAGGAGAAAAAAAUCCAUUUGUUGAAUCUAAUCCAUUUCCUGAUAAGGUGAAAGCCACUGAAAUGACAAAGCUGGAGGAGCAAAAAGAAAUCCUCUCAUGGUACAAGGAUCAAUCUAGUGGUCUUAGAAAGGAAAAUUGUCCUGACUGGAAAGAACGUAACAAAAAUGGAAAUGAAGAAUGCGAAAGAGAAGAUUUAUCAGAUGAAAUAACACCAAGAGAAAAUAUAUAUCAAACGGAAGGAGACAAAGAUAAAAAGUUAACAAAAGAGAACACAAAACUAAAUCACGUGGAAGGUUCAGCUUUCAAACUUGUUAACAAAUCAAGUGACUCCUUGGAUAAGAAAAAUCAAGAUAAAAAAAUCAAAUGCACCCAUCACGAUAUGGUCAACAAUAACAAUGCAAAAUUAUUUGAAGAAGAAAUUCAAGACAUUGAUCAUUGUUCACACUCAGAUAUCCUCACUAAAAUGCUAAGCAAAACAAUAAAAAUUAAUCGUGUAAGUCCAUGGAGGAAAAGUCCCAAUCAUGACCUAGUAAUUGAUCUGGAUGGUAAGCCUGGCACAAAAGAUACAAUAGACGAGUUAAAAAACGGACAUGGUAGCGACCAGGAAGCAAAUAACGCUUUGCCGAAGGUUAAUGAAAUAAUAACAACCACGAAAGACACUACCACAGCAAUGUCAAAGAGUGAUACGCAGACUCAGCAGAGAUAUGCAAUGGAUUUGCCACGUCAUAAUUGGUUAGUGGAGCGAUUAAAACAAGAAAAAAAGAUUGGCGAGAAGGAAAUUUCACAGUUAGAAUCUCGCAUAAGUAAAGAAAAAGAUGAGAAGGAAAGUCAUGAGGACGUUCCUAAAGAUGAAUUUAAAAAUGAAGCCGAAAUACAGAUUGUUAAAGUAGAAUCACUAUCAAAGAAAAAGGAUGUUGAUUCAAAUGUCGCCACAAGUUCAAUAGAUCUUAUGCAAAGCCACAAUUUGUCAACUUCGUCAUCUUCCACAAAUGACCUUCAUUAUAAUAAGGACGAUGCAAAAAGAUCAAGACACCUUUCACAAGAGUAUCGAGAUACAGUGCAAUCAUUUGCAGCGAAAUCUAACCGAAACGAGGUGACAAACAGCUCAUCUGUUCCGGAUGCAAUAUCUAUUCAACCAAGGAUAAUCUCUAGUAGUCCAAGCAAACAGUAUUCAAUUCCAUCAAGUGAGGAUCUUGCAUUAAUUCAAUAUAACUCUUUAAGUUCAUUCAAAUCAAGGGUGAUGUCUCCAAAAAGUAAUGGAUAUAAGCGUGAUUAUACAAAUACGGUGAAUGGCCAACAGCGCACUCCAACAAGGACAGGUGAAGAAGCUACGUUAAAUCAAAAGAAACAUCAGGAAGAAAAAGAGCAAAGUAGAUUGAACUUACCAUUGUUAAAACCUACUGUAUUGCGGGUGGAACAAACACGAGACCCAUCGUCUGGAAAUCCACAAGAAGCUUUUAAUAUCACCAAUCGCCUAUCACCUGAAUCUUUUAAAAGAAGAAUAGAAAUACAAAAACAACUUGAAAGUCAAAAGAAAUGGAUAGAUGAACACGACACAAAAUUGCAACUACAAUCUAGUUUGGAAAGAAAACCAAACUUUAAAUCAAGUCCAGGGUAUAACACAAGCUCAAACGAGCAACUUCUGCAGUUACAAAACCAACAACUUUUAAUGUCACCACAGGCUAUGGCAACGUUACAAAAAAGAAAUGUUGCUUUAAACAUAUCUGCAGCAGCAAAACAAAAGCAAGAUAUGAUAGAAGAGCGAAUAAAGUUUUACACAAAAGAAAUCAAUGACUUAAAACGACAAAAAGAGAUUAUCACGUCUCCGCAAAUGUAUAAUCCUGAAGAAGAGAUUUAUAGAAAACGAAGUUUAGAAAUGAUGAACGAUAAACUGAGACAGCUAGAAGCUUACAAUCGAAAACAAACAGCUGUUCUUCUGCAACGUAACCAGCAACAACAGCUCUAUAACAAUCAGUACAACGGACAACACUUAGUGAAUCCAAUGAACCAAAUUGGAGUGACUCAGAUUUCACCAAGCCAAGUCGCUAUAAACCAAAUACCUACGAAUCAGUUGGCUCUUAAUCAGAUCGCUGCAAGUCAAUUAGCUGCAACACAAUUAGCUGCCAAUCAAAUUGCUGCCAGUCAACUAGCAGCCAACCAAAUAACAGCUAAUCAGCUUGUGGCCAAUAAAAUUGCUGCAUCUCAAUUAGUAGCCAAUCAAAUUGCUGUAGCUAAUCAACGAGCCUAUGUUGAUAACAUGGUAAACACAUCAAAAAGCAACCUGAAUCAAAGAGAAACUCGAGUGAACAUGCAUGUCGCUAGAGACUCGCGUUUGACUGACAGUGAACGAAAUAUAUUAAGAGAGGCAGAACUUCAGCAAAACUUAAUCAGGCAAUCAGCUGCUUUAACCAGAAAAAUUAACUAUUAUGACAAUCCGGAAUUGAACGAUAAUUUGCUUUUACGUCAGCUACAAAAUAAACAUGAUGAACAAACGCCGGUUGAUAAGUAUCCUGCAAGAGAAGAAUUGGACAGACCACAACCAUUAGAAAGGUCAAGAGAAUUAGAAGAAAUCAAGCAAAUACGACAGCUUGAAGCAUUAAAAAAAGCUGGAGAAGUCUCUAACAUGUCCAUCAAAACAGCAGGAGAUUAUUUAUACAAGCAUCAACGAUCGCAUGGACCAUCAUAUCAGGAGAGAUCUUUCUCUGAACGUGAAGAUAGAUUAUAUAAUUACGCAGACAAUGAUAUUUCAUCUAAACGAAGGUCCAGUGAACCUCUACAUCCUGGUGUAUCGAAGGCUAGAAGACUAACUCCUCCAACUCUACAUUCUCGUCCGUCACCGCCAGCUGAUAACAGACCUAGAUCAUUCUCUAGACAAUCACCACCUAAGUCACUGGAUGCAUCUAACUAUAAGUUGUCCCCUUCGUAUCGAUCUCGACUUUCACCUCCUUAUCUUAGUUCAAAUCAGUACAAGAGGUCGCCUCCUUUAUCUACUUCCAUGUCAGUUGUUGACAGAUCAAACUUUAUUUUAUCACCAAGAUCUUCUGAUAAAGAAAGGUAUUACAAUGGACCAGUCAGAAGCUCUUUCGAUGCACAACGUCUAACAGCUUCAACUGAGGGUCACUUCUCUCGUCAAGGGAAUUUUACCAAUACAUCGGACCCUAAUGCAAAUAAGCAACUCAUUAAAAGAUACUGCAAACUAUGUGAUAAAGGUGCACAAUUUCUAUGCUCGGGGUGUAGAGGAAUAUGGUAUUGCAGCCAAGAAUGUCAGCUUUCGCAUUGGAGGAUACAUUCAAAAGUGUGUAAGAAAGUGGAGUAAUCUACCCAAAUCUAAAAAGUUUUCCAAUCUAUUCAGAUGGUAAUGAGAAAUUGUAUUGUAAAGUUCUAUCUCUCAUGGUCAUGCCAUCUGACAUUGUAAAUAAUGCAUGACAGGGCGUGUCCCUUUUCACAUUGAUAUUUGCUCAUUCACUUUUAGUAACAUGACAUCGCAAAUAACUGUUUCACUCGCUGUUAAAGUUUUAGAAUUACUGACAAACAUAUACAUUUAAUAUUUAUGAAGCAUAGAUUGUUUAUAUAUAAAUUAUAAUGAUGUAAAUAAGUAUUAUUAAAUAUUUAAAGGGAUUUUAAAACCAUAUAGUUUAUACAAAGCGAAAUAGACAAAAUUCUGAAA